AUGUCGUCUAUAGGCAGCGUAGGCCGUGGCCAGUCGGCAGUCGACACAGAUGCGAUCGCCCAUCAACCUCGAGGCGCGAGUGUCCGCCAACAAUCGUUGGCUAUCUCAUAUCUGAGGCACCACGUACCCUGGCUGGGAGAAUCCACAAUGGACGCUGCCACAUUACCGCCCGGACCGCCAUCAACCACAUACGUCUCAGACCCUGCCUUAUCGUUCGCAGAGAACCUCAUCCGAAGCAUGCAGGCAGCGGUGUACAAAGGCACGCCAACACUACCGUUGACACGAAGCGGACUCAAGCGCCUUCAGUCUAAAGUGACUCGCUUAAUCAAACGUGUCCAGUCCUCCAACUUGGCCCCGGGCGACGACAGGAUCCUUGACUUGGUCGAAAGGAUGAAGACUGCAGGCAUCUGGAACGCUCAAGGCACGGCCGGACAACGACCGCUUUCCAACGUCACCAACAUGAAUCCUCCAAGCACGCAACCACGAUCGACGGGUCGAGCACAGCCAUCGAAACCCACGAUAUGGGGUCAGCCGGGCCUCCAAACACAAUCGAAUACCUCCGCUCGAGAUGCAUCAAUACCAGAAGGUUCAUGGGCACAGCAAGCCCAACAGGCACUCGGCACACGAACAACACCACUCGACUUCUCUUCGUCGAGUUUCCCAAGUCUGAAUAAUGGCGGCGGCGGACCCGCACAAACAACCACCCCAUCUAGUGCGUGGCAAGGAGGACCGCCGCAGCAGAGCGAGCCACCACCACGGAGAGGACAGCAGAUAGGAGGCUCAAGAACACUCGGCUCGAGGCAACCUCCGCCAGGCUCAACAGCAGAUUUCUUUCCCGCCGAUCGGUCCGCCGCCACCAUGACCAACGGCCCACCAGGGCUACCAGGUCUUGCACCACGACAGUCCGCUCUCAACGACUCCACCGAUCUCAGCCGGGUGACAUCUCCUGCCGGCAUGCCACAAGACUCGCGCUCACCCAUCGGACAACAUCUCAACGGAACAAUCGGCGGAGACCGCCCUCACGCCGACCCCUCUCCAGCAUCCGCACAGCAACCCUCCCGCGACCCUUUCGCCCCGUCGACCCACACCUCCACCUUCGAAGCAGCCCCAACCUCCACAACCGCCGACCAGACCCCAGCCGCUCUCCUCUCCACCCUCUCCGAGAAGGACAAAUGGGGCAUGAAAGGCUACCUCGCCCUCGCCGAAGGUUCCUCCCUCACCUACCGCUCCCUGCUCCGCGGCCAGGACCUCUCCGCCCUAGGUCUGAACAUGUCGCAAACCGACUCGCCACUGCUGAGUUCCUACACCGGCCCUUUCGCCAUUCCGACGUUACACCACCAACCACCCCUCCGACCACUCGACAGCGAGUUCCACACGCCGGAAUGCUACACCGUGAAGAAAGUCGCGCCCCUGAGCAGCCGAAUAAACUGUUUCAGUGAUGAGACCUUGUUCUACAUGUUCUACAGCAUGCCCCGUGACUAUAUCCAAAUCCUCGUGGCACAAGAACUCAUGGAGCGCAAAUGGCGGUAUCAUGUUCACGAGCAAAUGUGGAUGAUGCGGGACGAGGGAACGACUGUUGCUGCUGGCGCGGGCGGGGCACAGCCAAGUACUGGUGGCGGGCAAUACACAACGCUAGAGAACGGGCUGAGUGAGCAGGGGUACUAUAUUUGGUGGGAUAAGGGGUUGUGGAAGAAGGUGAGGAGGGCGUACACGUUGAGGUAUGCGGAUUUGGAUGAUAUGCCGAAUGUCGGGGCGGUGCAGGCACAGGCAGCCUUGGCCCAACAACAGCAGGGGCUCGGCAGAGGAGGAGUGCGGAAUACGUCGGGUGGUAUGAACGGCACUCUACCCCAGACGCAAGCCAAUAAUGGGCCAGCCAACGGGAUUCCAGGUCUCGACACGCCCACCGCCACCAGCGCGACCGCCAGCACGGCCGCGCGCGGGUUCUAG